AUUGCUGCCAACUUGCAGUUACAACACUUUUUAACAAAUAUACUGACGACCUUAUAAUAUACCCAAAUAUUAUCUGCCGACUUGCAGCAAAUUACUGACAAAUAAGACACUUUAAAAAGUCAAGAAUUGACAUUUGGUUUCUGAGUUCUAGACCAUAAAUAUGGGUGUGACUAUUGAAGUUUAUCGGGCCAGGAUUGGUUCACAUCACAAUUUUACAGAUUGUCGCAACAGUCUGUGUCGUCUUAAAGGUAUACUUUGGAAUCAAUUACUAUUAAUGUUUUACCUUAAUGUAUUCUGCUUGCCUUAUCUCAAAAGCCAAUUGAAUAAGAGCCAAAAAAACAGUGAAUUAUGCUUAUGGUAUGUUCAAAUGGUAUACUAUAAUAAUGUUUAUGUGCCAUUAUUACUAAGACUUUCAAAUGAUGUGGAGGAAAAUCCAGGUCCUAGGACUAUAAAUGAUAUAGUUGACCCUGCUUGUACAAUCCAUGCUGAUUUUAAUCAAGGUAAUGACUUAAUGUUUGGGGUGAAUGCUGGUAAACAGUGUGUUGCCAUGUCACUAUAUGCAAUUGUUUACAAAGAAAUUAAAUCAGUCAAUAUUUGGGACAAGUCAAUUCUAAACACAAUUUUAAUAAGUGGAAACAGUUUGUAUUGUGUUAUCAGCCGAAGUAUAAAUAAGAGUUAUUUAUUAUUAACUGAUGUCCCUGAGUUUGUAGACAUAGAUAAUCAUACCUUUAAUUUGCAAUACAGUGAUUCCUUUUCAGGAGCAUUAUAUUUGAGUGAAAAUAGUUUUCCAUAUGUGACUCUUGAGCAUGCUUUGAAUGAAGUAUUUUAUUCUUUAAACUAUAAAAGUUGUUUACUUACAAUUGGUAUGAACACUGUGGCAAUCAUGAUGCCUUUUCCUGGUGUGUUUAAAGUGUUUGAUUCUCAUUCUCGAGAUAUGUAUGGUAGACCAUCCGCAUUGCAUUAUUGUGUUUUGAUAUCAGUGGAAGGGAUAGAAAAUCUUGGAGAGUAUUUUCGGUUAACAUCAAGGUGCAAUGAAGCAAAUAUUGUGCCAUUUGAGUUAAAGGGCGUAAAGAAAAGGGUGAGACCAGAUGAGUCCACUCAGCAAAGGGAAGCUAAACUUGCAAAAAAAAGAAAUGUUAAGAAAGUAAGAAGGCAAAAUGAUUCAGCAGAGGAAAAAGAAGCUAGACUUGCAAAAAAUAGAAAUGCUGAGAAAUUAAGAAGACAAAAUGAGUCCGCAGAGGCAAAGGAAGCUAGACUUGCAAAAAUUAGAAAUGCUGUGAAAGUAAGAAGACAAAAUGAGUCAGCAGAGGAAAAGGAAGCUAGGCUUUCAAAAAAUAGAAAUUAUCAGAAAGUAAGAAGACAAAAUGAGUCAGCAGAGGAAAAGGAAGCUAGGCUUUCAAAAAAUAGAAAUUAUCAGAAAGUAAGAAGACAAAAUGAGUCAGCAGAGGAAAAGGAAGCUAGGCUUGCAAAAAAUAAUAAUGCUAAGAAAGCAACAAAACAAAAUGAAACUACUGAGCAAAGGAAUGCAACAAUUGCAAAAGAGAAAGAAAGAAAGAGAGCUUCUAGAAAAAAUACCUGCUUUGAAAAGCAAAAGAAAAGUAAUGAAUCACAUUCAGUUCAAAAUAUUGCAAAUGCUGAGAAUUGUUACUUGCCUAGUGAAGAUACAUUGACACUUGUGAGAAAUUUUCAUAAUUCUGUAUCUACAGGACCUUUGUAUGUUUGCACUUGCUGUGACCAAUUAUGGUAUAAACAUUCUGUUUCUCUGGCAGACAGACUAAGAAUGGUCAAUCCUGAUAUAACUAAGUAUCUACAAAAUAUAAAAAGUGUUGAUAACAUUGAAUGGCUUUGUCAAACUUGUAACAACCAUUUAACGAAAGGCAAAGUCCCCCCUUGUGCAAUUGCUAAUGGCAUGAAAUUUCCAGAAAGACCUUCUUUCUUUGAUCUAAAUGAACUAGAAUGUCGACUUAUUGCUCCUCGGUUGGCAUUUCAAAAGAUUUUUCAGGCCCCAAGAGGUGGCCAACUCAAGAUUACAGGUAAUGUUGUCAAUGUGCCUGCAGAUGUAAACAGCACUGUUAAUGUGCUGCCCAGACUAUCAGAUGAGAUGGGUACUAUUAAAGUUCAACUUAAACGAAGAUUACAAUACAAAAGCUCUGCACUUUCAAUGAAUAUAAGACCUCACAAAGUAAUGCAAGCAACUGCAUGGUUAAUUAACACAAGUACUUUGUAUCAAGAUCAAGGGAUUAUUAUAAACCAGAAUUGGUUGAAAACCUGGAAGAAUGAAUGGAGUGAGGCUGAAGCAGAAAUACCAGCUGGAGUAACUGAUAGUAUGUUGACUCCUCCAGACUUUGUCAGUGAUAGUGAGACAGGAAAUCUAUAA